GUAGUCGGCUUUGACUUGGAAUGGCCAGUAACUUAUGAAAUGGGUAAUCCCUCAGGAAAAGUAGCUCUUGUUCAAAUUUCAGUGAGUGAAAAGACUUGUUAUCUAUUUCAUACCUCAGCUAUGAAGGAAUUCCCUCAAAUUCUGAAAACUUUGAUUGAGGACAAAAGCAUUAAGAAAGUUGGUUUGAAUAUUGAAAAUGACUUUUGGAAGCUUGACAAAGAUUGGGAUGUGAAUGCAAUGUCCAUUAUUCCACAUUCUAUGAUAGAGUUGCGACAUUUAGCCAAUAAAAAGUUAAAAUCCAAUGAAAACUGGAGUUUGGAUGGGCUAGUUAGAAAUGUACUAAGAUGUAAAUUAAAUAAAGAUGUUAGACUGAGAUGUGGAGACUGGGCCAAAUUUCCAUUAACUGCAGUACAACAGAAAUAUGCAGCCCUUGAUUCCUAUGCCUCACUGAAACUCUACAAUGUAUUAAACAGAAUAAAAUGA